AUGUCGCUAUCCGUUCCAUCGCCUUGGGCAGAACUGACGCAGCUCGGGCAGCAUCUCGUCCUCUGGGACCGCUCACCAAUGGACCCAGACACGCCCCGUUUACGCACCAUCUGGCUGCGCGACUUGGCCACCAUUUCGGCCUCUGGGUGGGCAUUUUUUGUGAAGACCGUGGGCGCCGAGGUGUGGGAAAACCGCUCGCACAGUUUGAGGACAGUCGGGAGCGCAGGAGUGGUCAGCGGUUCGAAGAUGGUCUGCAUGGCGACAACGAGCAGCAUUGCUGUCUUGGGAGCCAUGGGGGGUAGGGGCUGGUCGGGGGUGUCGGAGGGCAAAGAUCUUCUUGUCCCGGCCGGGCUAAGCGAUGGUGUUGAAGGAUGCCGGGAGGUGGUGUUUGGGCAUACAACCACCACAGCAUCUGUCAAAUCGGCGCGCACGGUGUGA